GAAAAGAAUCGCUCGUUCCUCCUCGCAUCUCACGCCCGCCCUCAAAUUAUGGCGCUCACACGACUCUCAUCUUACCUGCUCCCUCCUCCCUCUUGCUCCCCGAUACUGCACGAGCAAAGCGCCGGAGGAAGGAGGAGGAGGAAACAUGGGCGAAGGGAGGUCUCUUGCGGAGACGCCGACGUGGUCCGUCGCCACCGUUACCACCGCGAUGGUCGCCGUCUGCUUCCUCGUCGAGCGUUCCAUCUACCGCUUCGGAAAGUGGCUGAAGAAGACCAAGCGCAAGGCCAUGCUCGCCGCCCUCGAGAAGAUUCGCGAAGAGCUCAUGUUGCUGGGUCUCAUCUCGUUGAUGCUGAGCCAGACGGCGAGGUGGAUCUCCGAGAUCUGCGUCCCUUCUUCGCUCUUUAGCAGCCGCUUCUACGUCUGCUCCGAGAGCGACUUAGAGGAUCUGUUCGCCGGCGGGGACUCGGGGCCGAUGUCGGCUUCGAAUCGUUCGGCGGCCGUGGAGACUGCGAAGGAGCUGCUUGGAUUGUCUGCGAAUCAUUGUCCAGAGGGCUAUGAACCCUUCGUCCCGUUCGAAGGAUUGGAGCAGCUCCACCGCUUCCUGUUCAUUCUUGGGAUCACUCAUGUGGCGUACAGCUUCGUCACUGUCGUUCUGUCCAUGACUAAGAUUUACAGCUGGAGGAAAUGGGAGAGCCAAGCAUAUCCAAUGUCCAGUGAGGACUUGCAAGUAAGGAGGAAUCGGAUGAUGAAGAGACAGUCUACCUUUGUUUUUCAUCAUGCAUCUCAUCCAUGGAGCAAGAACAAGAUUCUUAUUUGGAUGCUCUGUUUCUUCCGCCAAUUCAAGGGAUCUAUAGCCAAGUCAGAUUAUAUGGCAUUGCGUUUAGGUUUCAUCACUAAUCACAAAUUGCCACUUUCUUAUAAUUUUCACAAAUAUAUGGUGCGGAGCAUGGAAGAUGAGUUUCAUGGAAGUGUUGGCAUCAGCUGGCCACUUUGGGUGUAUGCAAUAAUGUGUAUAUUUGUGAACAUUCAUGGGCUUAAUAUAUACUUCUGGUUAUCCUUUGUCCCUGCCAUUUUGGUCGUGCUGGUGGGGACCAAGCUUGAACAUGUCAUUGCUCAGUUAGCUCUAGAAGUUGUUGGGGCAACAGAUCCAUGUGUUGGGACACAACUAAAGCCACGUGAUGAUCUGUUUUGGUUUGGAAAACCAGAAAUCUUAUUGUGGUUGAUACAAUUUAUUUCCUUUCAGAAUGCUUUUGAGAUGGCAACAUUCAUUUGGUCCUUGUGGGAUUUAAGUUCUCAAUCAUGUUUCAUGAAGAAUCAUUUUAUGGUUGCCACUCGCUUGGUUUCCGGGCUACUAGUUCAGUUUUGGUGCAGCUACAGCACUUUACCCCUGAAUGUGAUAAUUUCUCAGAUGGGGUCCAAAUUUAAAAAAUCUCUGAUAGCUGAGAGCGUGAGGGAGUCGCUUCAUAGUUGGUGCAGAAGAGUCAAAGAGAAAUCUAAACGUGACCCUGUUCUUUCACGACUUGGAACUACUACUACAUCAACUUGCUCAUUGGAAUCAACUGUUGAUGAGACAGAUGAGACGAACACAAUUGGAUCAGGCACAUUGUCCCGGUGCUCGUCACGAGCCUCUUUGGAAGAACUUGCUGCUGAUACUUCAGACGUGCAGGAGAACAAAACCCCUCAUCUUUAGUUGGAACAGAUUGAUUGAAGAUAACACCCAAUUCAUCACUACUUCCAAGCAGGUUUCAUUUUCCCAGUACGGAGAACCAUGAAGCAGAUUGUUGAUAGGAUCGCGAGCAUUGCACAUGACUGAAAGCAGAGAAAUGAUGAAAAAUAACAAUGCAAGCAACCAUGACAGCAGUUCUUGUAGGGUGUCUACUAUUUUCAGUUUCUUGUGAUAUGCAUUGCAUGUUUGAAAUGAAGUUGUGUAUUGUUUGCAGGGAACACAGCACUGCCUGUAAUGAACAAAAUGUUCCCUUUGGAAUUAAUAUUUGGAUUUCAUCUUUCUUUCAGAAGAAAGACUCUAUAUUUGUUACUA